GUGAUUGAUAUUAAUGUUUGUUUUAUUUUAUGUUAUACAAUUGUUUAUAUAUGUAUUAGGAUAUUAUUCCAAUUAAUGCAGUUAAUGUGAAUCUUAUAAAAUUGAAAAUGGAAUCCCGCCAAAUGUCAUAAUUGAUCAGUUACGCAAUGAAACUGAUUAUAAUAUCGAAAAAAAAAAUAUAAUAACAAGGAAGGACAUAUAUAACAUUUCUGCUAAAUUUGGUUUACUCCACAAGUACAAGUUACAUGAUGUUGAUGCAUUAAGUGUGGAUCUUCAGGUAAAGCGAUUUGCUCAGAAUCCUAAUAAAACAUUAAAUCCUAUAAUUUUAUACAAAACACAAGGAACUGAGUAUUUCCCAUUAGAAAAAGAUGAUUUUAUGAUAAUUAUAUUUACUGAAACACAAAAGGCUGUUCUUGAGAAGUUCAGUAGUGAAAAAUUAUGUAUAGACUCUACUCACGGCACGAACCAAUAUAAUUUCAAUUUAACAACUAUUAUUGUGAUUGACGAAUUCGGUGAAGGAUACCCUGCUGCUUUUUGUAUUAGUUCUAAGAUUGAUGAAGUGCACAUGACUGUUUUUUUUUCAAAAAUCAAAGAAGUAACUGGUUCUCUUACACCUAAUGUAUUCAUGAGUGAUGACGCUUCUGCGUACUGGAAUGCAUGGAUAAAAAUUAUGUCUCCUAUUCCUAAAUUUCAUCUCUUAUGUAAAUGGCAUAUUGACAACAAUUGGCGUAAAAAUUUAAAAAAAAUUGAUGGAUCAAUAACUACAAAAGCGUACGUUUAUAAAACCCUCCGUGUCUUACUAGACGAAUCUGAUAUAACAGAGUUUGAAACUUUAUUAAGUUCUUUUCUGUGCAAGUUAGAGGAAGAGCCUGCAAUGCACAACUUCAAGGCAUACUUUCAAAGUACUUAUGUUCACCGGAAAAAGUUGUGGGCUGCAUGUUACCGACGUCAGGCUAUGCUCAAUACCAAUAUGGUUUUAGAAGCUUUUCAUAAAACUUUGAAGCAUGUCUAUUUAAAAGGGAAAAAAAAUCAAAGGCUUGAUGCUCUAUUGUGGCAUUUACUAAAAGUAGUAAGAGAUAAAAAUUUUGAACGACUUGUUAAGUUAUGUAAUGGUGGUAAAGUAACUCAUUUUGUAAAUGCUAUUAACAGUCGACAUCGCUCUGCUCUACAAGCUAGUUACAAAGUUAUUAAAAUAUCAGAUGAUACUUGGUCGGUGGCAUCUAAUUCAUUAGAAUUAGAUUAUUUAAUUAAGCAAAAUAAACCAUGCUCGUGUAAGGUAAUUUGUAUUGUGUGCAAAUGUUGUGUUCAUUUGUUUUCUUGCACAUGUUAUGACUACAGUAUUAAAAACAACAUGUGUAAGCAUAUACACGCUGUUCGGAUGAAUUCAAUGCUAAAUAAUGAAGAUGUGAGUAUGGAUGUAAUAUGCAAUCCUAUAGAAAACGACGAAGUGUGUAUGAAAAUGCCUGCUGCACAACAGCUUACCAUACCAUCAACUGAAUCUGUUGCUAAUAAAAUUCAGCAAUUGUAUAAUAUGUUUAUAUCACAAGCAGGUACACUUGAUGAUAAACAAAUCCAAAAAAUAAACUCAUCAGUAGAUUCUAGUUUAACAGUUCUUUACCAACAAGAAAGCAAUUUUGUAAAAAAUUUAGAAAAUCGAGAGCCAUCUAACAAAAAUGUAGAUAAACAGAUACGGUUUUAUUCCACGAAAAAACCAAGGACAAAAGCACCGGAGGAACAAAGGCUAAACAAGCCGACAAUAAAAGUUAUGAAUCAAAUAAAAAAUGAUUUAAAAGGCAUAGACACGCCAUACAUAAAUAUUGACCAUAAUUUUGAACAUUCGUAUGGACGAUUUGAGCAAAAGAAGAAAUGAAUUAUAUUAUUAUUGUAUUUUAGUGUAUUUUAUAAAUGUGUUUUUAUAUUUUUAAUUUUUUUAUAUUUUACAUUAUUAUUUUUUUAUAUUUCUAUAGGUAUCAUAUUAUUUAUAAGUUAUAACAAACAAGUUUAUGAGACACUUGCAUCUUUUCUAAUACUUAAUUUUUUAAAGUUUCCUUGUAUGUUAUUUGUGACUUAUAUCAUUGAUUAUAAAGAACAUUUUUUUCAAAUAAUUAUUUAAUAAUGUAAUAGGUAUAAUAUGAAUUUUUAUUUUUGAUUAUUUUCCGAUUAUGUGAUAAGACAACUGUAGUGAUAUGUGAUACUGAUAACACUAUUGCUGAUAAGAGGCGCUGUCUCUAGACGCUCGUGUUUCAUUUCAGUCCAUCCGUAAAAUAACAGAUUACUGAUAAGUCAAUCGGCUUGAUUACCUCCCCUCCAGCGGCUGACCGAUCAGAUGAAUUUAGGAACACACGGAUUAAGGCCAUAUCAUUUAUUCAAUCCCACAGGUUGAGUCCACGAUAAAAUGUUAUCAAUACGAUAACGUUUUAUCGUCAUUAUUCGAACAAUGUGGAUAAUUUUAAUUUUUUAUUUUAGACAACUAUAGAUAGUACAACUACGUAUGUAUUUUUGUACUUAUUACAGAUAAAUUCCACACAUAAGGUACCUACAGAGUACAGACUAUAGAUGUAAGAUUAAUAAUCGUCAAUUAUUGUGGUUUCAUUGUCCGCGGUUUCGUUAUCCGCUCAAUUUUACUGGAACGCAACCCCCGUGAAUAACGAGGGAUUACUGUACAGAAGUACAGACAGGGGCGGAUAGGGCCGCUAGUUUUUUUUUGUUUUUGGUUAUUGGUUGCCUGCAAUGGUUAAUCGGGCAGAACAGGGUUAAGCAUGUAACAAAUCGAAUUUCCGCAUAUUGCCUAGUGCCUACCAAGGAGGCUGAGAUGCACUUAUUGUAGCCGCUCAUCGAAGUGUCCACAAUCAAAAUAAAAAAUAAAAUAAAACAUAUUAUUCAUAUAAUCAUAAAGAUGGUAAUAUAGUAUUCACCUAGCGGGGCCUGUGUGGAUUGCCUACCUGAAAAUAUAAUGCUCGCAUUAUCAUUUAUCACCAUCAAGAUUCAAGUUUCUUAAAAUAUACAGAUGGCAUUCUUAACGGACAACGAAGUGCACGGGAUCACCUAGUAAUACAUAAUAUUAUAAUAAUAAUAAUAUAUAAUAAUAUUAUUAUUUGUAAAAUUAUUAUAGUAUUGAAACAUAGUCUUUACCGUAGAACUAUACCUAGCCAACAGAUCCACUUUGGCGUAAUAUAUAAUACAGUUUCAUUGCAAAAUCAAUAUUAUUAUACGUUUUUACUUCCGGUUGCCGUUUUUAUCAGAACAUCUUCAACAUUUUAUCAAUUGCAAAAGAAGUUCGGGAACCAAACAACAGUUAUCUUAUCCAUUUAUUCGCAAAUAAGUAUAACAGGUAGGUACACAAUUCUCAGGUAUAAUAGUGUGAGUAUAAUGAGACCUACGUUCAUUUGAAUGUAUUUAAAAAAUCCAAUCAAACGUUACAACGCCAUACCUUUAUGAUUGGUAGGAAGAAUCGUUCAAGAGAGAAAACUUUGUACAAACUAUAAUUAUGAAGACCUGAGUGGAGUAUAAUAUGAAAAUAUGAAAAGUGUAAACAAAAAUUGUGCGAUUUAGCGAAGGUAGAAAAAAAAUUCAAAUAAUUCUACGGACAAUUAUAGUUGAAAUCGGUCGCGUAAAAACUACUGACAA